AUGUUGCUGAAUCGCCUCAAUAGUCACCUUCUUCCUCGUUCUUCCACUCGUCGUCUAUCGUCAACUUCCCGCCUUCCCUCAAGAGCCCAACUCCCCGCUUCACCGAGCAGUGAGGUGUAUUUUGAGGCGCCUCAAAAUACGUCUCUCCACUCGUCGUCUAUCGUCAACUUCCCGCCUUCCCUUAAAAGCCCAACUCCCCGCUUCACCUCCGCAACUUCACCUCCCCCCACCUUCCCCAACCGCUCUCUCCCUCCCCCCCCAUCUCCCCCCUCCCUCUUCUCCACUCCCCUCCAUCCUCCCCCAUUUCCCCCCUCCCUCUUCUCCACUUCCCCCCCCUUCCCCCCCCUUCCCCAGGUGUUUCUGUGCUACGGUUGGUUCAUAUUCGGUCCCGAUUUCCGUUCGCUGGUGAUCUCGUUCCUGCUCAUCCUUAUACCGGGGAUACUCUUCUGCGUCUUCGUGGCCGCGCAGCUUCCUGGGAAGAUUCCCGGAGGCAUCGUCGUGCUUCCCGUCGCGAUUUGCUACUUAGCAUGGAACCUCUUCAUUCUCGUCUUCACAGCGUGCAGAGACCCGGGUAUCGUGCCUCGCAACCUCGUCCCCCCAGACCCGGAUCCGGACAUGCUAGAAGCCAUGCGCCUGGAGGGGGCGGGGCUUGCCAUGGGGGGGCGGUUCAGCCUUCCCAGAACUAAAGACGUGGAGAUUAAUGGCUUCCGAGUGAAGGUUAAAUACUGCGACACGUGCCUGCUGUACAGACCCCCCCGCUGCUCCCACUGCAGCGUAUGCAACAACUGUGUGGAACGGUUUGAUCACCACUGCCCGUGGGUGGGGCAAUGCAUAGGCAAGCGCAACUACCGGUUCUUUUACAUGUUCACCGCCACCACAACACUUCUCUGCCUCUUCGUAUUCGCCAUCAGCGCGCUCCUCCUCGCCCUACUCGUGAAUAACACCUACGAGCCCGGAGGGCAGCCCAGAACGCUGUGGGAGGCCAUGGGGCAGGCGCCAGUGGCGGUGAUUCUCAUGGCGUAUACCUUCAUAGUGGUGUGGUUCGUGGGGGGGCUUACGGCCUUCCACACCUUUCUCUCAGCCACCAACCAGACCACGUAUGAGAAUUUCCGGAUGCGCUACAAGCGAAAGAACAACCCUUACGACCUCGGCAUUCCGCGCAACUUCCGGGAAAUUCUCUGCAGCCCGGUCCCGCCUUCCCAAAUCGACUUUCAAGCUGAGGCGCCCCGACCAGUCAAACCCCCUGGGGGCUCCUCCUCACACUCCGCUUCAUCUGCCACAGGCGCUGCCGCUGCCUCUGCCACUGUUACACCGGUUACCAUCUCAGACACGAUUGGUACCACUGCCAGCACCACUGCUGCUGCUGCUGGUGCUGCUGCUGGUGCUGCUGUUGCUACUGCUGCUGAUAGUGCUGCUGGUGGUUCUGCUGCGAGUGGAUGGAUGGCUAGCAGUGAGCCUAUCCGCAGUGAUGCGAUAGGAAGGGACGACAUGGGCAGCUCCUCAUCCGCGUUUGAAGCAGCAUAUGCCGCCCUGCUGUCACAGUACGCGUUGCAUGGGGAGGGGGAGGAGGGUGGGGAGGGUGGAAAAAGUGGGGAGGAUGGGGGAGGUGGUCGGGGUUGGGAGGGUGGUGUGAGCGAUGGGACUGAUAAGAGUAAGAAGGAGGAUGAGUCUUCUUCCUCUCCGGAUGUGCCUGUUGGCGCUACAUCAGCCGAGUCAAUACAAGCUGUGGGACCAGUAGGAGGGUAUGAGGCGAUACAAGCUGUAGGGCCAGUAGGAGGGUACGAGGCGAUACAAGCUGUGGGACCAGUAGGAGGGUAUGAGGCGAUACAAGCUGUGGGGCCAGUAGGAGGGUACGAGGCGAUACAAGCUGUGGGACCAGUAGGAGGGUAUGAGGCGAUACAAGCUGUGGGGCCAGUAGGAGGGUACGAGGCGAUACAAGCUGUGGGACCAGUAGGAGGGUAUGAGGCGAUACAAGCUGUGGGGCCAGUAGGAGGGUACGAGGCGAUACAAGCUAUAGGACCAGUAGGAGGGUACGACGCGAUACAAGCUGUGGUACCAGUUACUGCCUCGCACGCUCCUGCUCUGCCAUCCUCUCCCCCACCCUCCUCUGACCCUGCUGCUGCUUCUGCACCACCCACCACUCACCCCAUUGACCUCGCCCCGACCCUCUUCCCGAACCUCCUGCCAACCCUGUUCCCGACCCUCCUCUCGCCCAACCUCACGACAUGCUUCCCCGACCCCAAGGCCUGGCUCCUGCCAUCCCUCCCCGCCUAG